AUGGAAGUGACUGCUGGCGUGUCAGCCUUGGAGGUGUACACCCCAAAGGAAAUCUACGUGGCCAAUGGGACCCAAGGGAAGCUGCCGUGCAAGUUCAAGUCUGCGAACACCACCAGCAGGUUGACCACAAUCUCCUGGAGCUUCCAGCCAGAGGGAUCCCACACCACCGUGUCGUUUUUCCACUACUCCCAAGGGCAAGUGUACAUCGGGGACUACCCACCCUUCAAGGACAGAAUCACCUGGGCUGGGGACCUGGACAAGAAAGACGCGUCGAUCAACAUAGAAAAUAUACAGUUCAUCCAUAACGGCACCUACAUCUGUGAUGUCAAAAACCCUCCCGACAUCGUCGUCUACCCGGGAUACAUUCGCCUCUAUGUUGUAGAGAAAGAGGUGUUGCCCAUGUUUCCGGUGUGGGUGGUGGUGGGUAUCGUGACCGCUGUGGUUGUGGGGCUCACCCUCCUCAUCAGCAUGAUCCUGGCUGUCCUCUACAGAAGGAGAAGCUCGAAGCGGGAUUACACCGGCUGCAGCACCUCAGAGAGUGUGUCACCGGUUAAGCAGGCUCCGCGGAAGUUCCCCUCCGACACAGAGGGUCUAGUAAAGAGCCUGCCUUCUGGAUCUCACCAGGGCCCAGUCAUAUAUGCGCAGCUAGACCACUCCGGUGGACACCACAGCGACAAGAUUAACAAGUCAGAGUCUGUGGUGUAUGCGGACAUCCGGAAAAAUUAAGAGAAGACCCAGAGCAUAUCCUAAGCAAGAAACCAAGUCAAACUGGACUCUUGUGCAGCAGUGUGGCCCGCAGCACAUGUGGCCCAGACACGGACAGGCACGGGGAGGAGAUGGAAAGGAUAUGUAUAAAUCUUCUAUUUAAUCUUCGGAUGGGAGGAGCAGUGGUGCAUGACGAAAAGAUGGUAUGAUUCUACAUAUAUGUAAA